UUUGUUUUGUUUCUUAAUCUUCAUUUAGUUUUCGGAAUAAUAGUUCCUUUUUUUCAUGUAGAUUUUAAUUUCAUUUGACUUGUGAAUUUGUAAAUUGUUUUAUUGAAGAACUACCGUAAAUCCAAUCGAUUGAUAAUAUUCCAGAAUGGCUGCUAAUCCACAAUGGUCCACGUGCAUUACAUUGGACUCUUUGGUCGCCGAUAUCGAAGUUGAACAAGAUAAUAUUGACAUUCAAAAGGAAGAAGAGGAGAGAAUCAAUGUUCAGAUGCAACACAAAAUUCGCCAGCGAAUGCUACUAAUGAGUUUGGACCAAUUACGAGCCAAGGACAACAAAAGGAAAAUCGCUCAACCUCCACAAUCAACAAUAAACAUCAACGGUGAACAUGGUUGGCUCAGUCCAUUAUUAACUAACUUAGAUCGAGCUCAUCGAUAUGUCAAGAGUAGAGCCCAGAAAACUGAACAAUGGAGUAAACUGUUUCCUUCUGCAUCUCAAAGCUUCGAGAGUAGAUGUUCAGAGCUGCGACAAGAUCUGCUGAGACUUGAACUCAAUAUUGACCGAUUCAAGAAUAUAUUAACUAAACAAUUGGAUUCAACUGAAAUGAAAAUGAAGUCUUUCGUUGCCGAUUUUCAUCUUGAAUCUUUCACUCAGGGAAUAAGUGAUGAAGAUGAAGAGACCAGAGAAUCAAAUCCUGUCGAUGUUGACUACGAGAACGAAACGGCCAUCGAUUGUCGUGAUAUGGAGCCAGUUCGUGAGAUCCGCGAUAUCAACGAUGAUUCUCCCAUACCAGUCGAUGACAUUACAGGUGAUAUAAACUUCGAGGACGAAGAUGUUUGUCCAGCAUCGCCCAUACCGACAAUCAAACCAACCGUUACAAUCAAACAAGUUAAAAUGUCUCGAUCUAAACAGAAGAGUCGAUGAUAGAUGAAUGAAUCUUUUAAGUAAUCGUUUUAUUACUUGAUAGUUUUUUAAUUAUCGGCUGAGGAAGUGAAGAUUUGGUUAAUCAUCAUCCAAGCGAAAGCAAAAGAGUAAUAAAAAUAAAGCAUCAAGCAAUUUCGACCUGUAAUGAUCGAGGUAAUCAGUACAAUUUAUUUAUCUAUUAAACUUUUUGGCUUCUUUCUCACCAAACAUUCAUUUAAA